AAGGCCGAUAAAAAAUGUUUGUGUUACAAUUGGAUAAGACAAAUGAUCGACUCUCAACCGACUAGAGGUGUUUUUGAGUCUCCGGUUAUUUCUUUGCUCAAUGCAUGGCGGAAAGCGAAGUGUGUGACUGUCGAUUGUAAUGGCGAACCGGGACUUCGAAGGUCAAGAGGGGAAAGGCUGAAGCAAGGCAGAGAUCCCUUUUGCAUAACGCCAUGAAUUUCAACUUUGAAGGAAACUAUAAACCUAGACGUAAUAUUAACCUCGGCGGGGUGCGAACUCAAACCGAUAAACAGGCCUUGAUGGCCAAGGCGCAAAGCGAACGAAAAUUGAGAGAACGCGAACGUCUACGUUUACGAGGUGCUACCAAGAUUCAGUCAUUCUACCGCGGACGGAAAGUGGCUGCUGCUUUACACGAUCGUCAACGAAUCGAAUUUGGCGACAGUAUAUCCCAAAUAGCGAGCUUGACUCGGUCAUCCGAACUUGAUGUAUUUCUUCGCAUUAUUAUCAAAAGCACCCGGUUGCUUCUCAUGUUUUUUGACGUUCAGUGUCCCACUGACUGCGCGCAAGCUUUACAAUUAAUUCAUGCUUUAUUGCAACGAUGGCAAAUGCAAGAUACCGUCUUUAUCCACCUCUUUUUGCAAUACGACGAGGAUGAAGAAAUCGAUUCAACCCUAUGGCUUUUCAAAUUGCUCAUCAAAAAAGUACUUUUGCCGCUGGCCUUGACAGAAGAAUCCGACUAUACUUGUCCUGCUUUACAUUUAUUAUCGACCAUUAUGGAUCCCGAUGUAUAUGCUUCCAUCGAAUCAAAGGAUGCGGCUUUUUCGAGCCACGAAGUUUUUGUCUCAAUCAUCACCUACUGCACUCUCAACACUCGUCUAUUUCACGUAAUGCGACAUCUUCUCCUGUCAUUCAAUAUACCACCAGAACGUUGUCACGCCGUCACAACUAUCUUAUCACAUCUCUUGUCUGCCCAACCGCCUUUCACUUACCAUUCGGCCAUCCUUUCUCGAUAUCCACUUCCGACUCCGUCGGCGAUGGGUUUAUUUAGCUAUACACCGUCAAAAUCCACCCGCACACCACCAUCCAAGCAUACGGAAAUCUCACAACAGUUGCUCGCAGAAAAGUUAGUCAUCCACAUCCUCACUGUUCCUUUUCUGAUGGAUCGUAUGCCAAAAGAUGAUAUCACACAAAUUUUGCGGCAUGUUACCUUGGACACCAUCUUCAACACCGUCGUCGUAUCAUACAACAACGAGGAAUGGAAAGAUUAUAUGAAUCCUGAUUCUAUUGCUCUCCUCCUUGUCAAUUUGAAUCAAAUGAUUCCCAUUCAAUCCGAUUUCUCUCCAUCAAUUUAUACAGAUGCUGUCCAAUUGCUCUUGGCCGCUCUACCUUCGAUUUAUUUCGUGGAUCCGGAGCACCAAUCCGCAGACAAAAUGCGAAUGAUGUACAGUGAUUCCGACGAUGAUUCCGAUGAAGAAGACGUGGCCAUGAUAGAAAGCAUCAAAGUGGAUGACGGCAUCACCAGUCGAUUAUUCUCACUGUAUGAUAAAGAAAGUAUGGACGAUCAUGACCCGUUGGCCAUCCAAGAAGGACAUGAUUCUGAACAGCUUACUGUAUCAUCGUUGGCGAACCGCUGAUCCGCAGUUAUCAGAAUCAUUCGCCUCCAUUGUGUGGCAAGCAUG